UAUGGUAAAGGAGUAUGCAGAGUUUCUUGCACAAACUGACAGCACGGAAAUCUCUCACACACGAAAGAAAUACUGUGAUUAUUACAUAAGGCGUAUGUUCCAGCUUUACCUUGAGCAUAAUAUUAAAGCUUCACUUUUUGAAAAUAUGUCAAAACUGGUGCCCCAUUUACGUAUGACUGCCACCUUGCUUAAAAUGGAACUCUGCACUUCUGACAUACAACAGAAAAAAAACAAUCUCUAUAACCUACAAUUGAUUGCAAAUACAUUCAAUGUUCUAUAUCUAUAUCAAGAAGCUCUAUCAAUUUUUCAGUCAAUUGACAGAGAAAUAAACAUAAAUUUUGAAGGUCAAAGAAUUGAAAAAGCAGACAUUCACAACGCAAUCGGUUGUGUACUAAGAAACAUGGGUAAGUACAAAGAGGCCCUUGGCUAUCAUAAAAAAUCCCUGGAGGUAAGGGCAGAGGUCUGAGGUCUCAAACACCCUGAUACUGCUACUUCAUACAACAAUAUUGGUAUUGUACUGAAAAACAUGGGUGAGUACAAAGAGGCACUUGACUAUCACAAAAAAUGCCUGGAGGUAAGGGAAGAGUCCAUAGAUCCUAAACAUCCUGAAACAGCUAAAUCAAACUACAAUAUUGGUGAAAUACUACAAGACAUGGGUGAGUACAAAGAGGCACUUGACUAUCUUAAAAAGUGCCUGCAGAUAGAGAAAGAGUUCCUAGGUCUAAAACACCCUGAUGUUGCUACCUCAUACAACAAUAUUGGAAAUGUACUGAGAAACAUGGGUAGGUACAAAGAGGCACUGGACUAUCAUAGCAAAUGUCUAGAAGUUAGGAAAGAGGUCCUAGGUCUCAAACAUCCUCAUACUGCUGACUCAUAUGACAAUAUUGGUUGUGUACUGAAAGCCAUGGGUAAGUACAAAGAGGCACUUGAUUGUCAUAAAAAAUGUCUGGAGGUAAAGGAAGAGGUCCUAGGUCCCAAACACCCUAACAUAGCUGAUUCAUACAACAAUACUGGCUACAUACUGCAAGUCAUGGGUAAGUUUAAAGAGGCACUUGACUAUCAUAAAAAAUGCCUGGAGAUAAGGGAAGAGUUUCUAGGUUCCAAACACCCUGGCACAGCUGAGUCAUACAACAAUAUUGGUGGAGUACUACAAGAAAUGGGUAUGUACAAAGAAGCACUUGUCUAUCAUGAAAAAUGCCUAGCAGUAAGGAAAGAGGUCCUAGGUCCCAAACACCCUGAUACUGCUGCCUCAUACAACAAUAUUGGUAUGCUACUAAAAGACAUGGGUAAGUACGAGGAAGCACUUGCCUAUUGUAAAAAAUGUCUAAAAGUAAGGGAAGAGGUCCUAGGUCCCAAACACCCUGAUACUGCUGCCUCAUACAAAAAUGUUGGUAUGCGACUAAAAGACAUGGGUAAGUACGAAGAAGCGCUUGACUAUUGUAAAAAAUGUCUAGAAGUAAGGGAAGAGGUCUUAGGUCUCAAACACCCUGAUACUGCUGCCUCAUACAACAAUAUUGGUAUGUUACUAAAAGACAUGGGUAAGUAGGAAGAAGCACUUGCCUAUUGUAAAAAAUGUCUAGAAGUAAGGGAAGAGGUCCUAGGUCCCAAACACCCUGAUACUGCUGCCUCAUACAACAAUAUUGGUAAUGUACUACAAUGCA